UAUUCCCUUUUCUAAGUUUAUAGUUGAUGGCCAAGAAAGCGGAAUCUGUGGGUGUAUUAGAUAGGAUCAGUAUCAUAUCCGAUCCCAUUCUUUGUCGCAUUUUAUCUUUUCUACCCAUUAAAGAUGCAGUUCGAACCUCUAUUCUUUCACCUAGGUGGAGGUAUCUCUUUGCAUCGUCAAUGUCUAUCCUUGAUUUUGAAGAAUGUUUACAGGGUGUGAGUAAGGAAAAAUUUAACAACUUCAACCACUUUGUUGAUAGGUUACUGUACAUUUUCCCUAAUCAGGUAAGUUUAGAAUGCUUUAGGGUGGAUGACGAAGUAUGUGAUGUUGAUAAUUUACGUCUUUAUGGUUGGAUUUGUGCUACAUUGUGGCGUGGUGUCAAGGAAAUUGAAAUAUAUUUUGAAAAGAGUCCCAUGUUGCCGACCCAACUAUUUACUUCUCACUCAUUGGUGACAUUGAAAUUGAGAUUUUGGGGUGAGAUUAAUGUUCCAACCAAGGUUUGUUUGCCAAAUCUCAGGACUCUACAUCUUAAGGUCUUCACACCUUCAAAUGAUUCAGUUUUUAGAUUGGUUUCUGGUUGUCUUGCGCUUGAAGACUUGCUUAUGGUGCCAGGGGGCUCGUCUUUAGGAAAAACCGCGGUCAAUAUCCAUAGCCCUUCACUUAAGCGACUGGUGCUGGAUUUUCAUGUUUUGCUAACCAAAUUUCCCAAUGAUAUCGAUUAUGUGGUUAAGAUAAAUGCACCAAAUCUUGAAUGUUUUGAAUACAAUGACUCUGUAGGCGAUUUCUUUACUUUAAGUAGCAUGAAACUUCUAGAAGAAGCGGAUAUUUUAAUCUCUCGAUACCAGGAGGAUGAACGUAAUGCAACUCGUCUUCUUCAAGCAAUUUGCAAUGUACAGUCUUUAUUCUUGUCUAUUAUCGAGGCUGAAACGGUUUUCAGAUCGCGUCUUGAUCCAGUUCUUAUAUUUCCCAGCCUUGUUUUUUUGGAUUUUUGUAAUGAGGGUGAUGAUUGGCAAGGAACGUGGCUUGUGGAAUUUUUACAUUGCCUGCCUCAUCUGAAGAAGCUUGUUCUCACUUUUGCAACUCCAAAAAGAGGUUUAAAGUCCCUGCCUAAAACAGUGCCUUCAUGUUUGCUGUUUGACCUUGAGGAGAUAGAAAUUUUACGCUUUGAGGAAGACGAACAUAUGUUCGAAUUGGUUGGUUUUUUCCUGAGCCAUGCAUUAGUUUUGAAGAACCUCGUAAUAAAUUUUGCUGGGAAAGUGGGGGAAGAAUAUCAAUGGCGAUUGAGUGUCAAAGAAAGGCUAUUGAGUUUGUCCAUGGGAUCGAAGACAUGUGAAAUCGUGUUUUGCCAUUAGUCUCUUCUAUUUUGUAUCGUUUUAGGCAACUCUCCAUUGUCUUCAUGGGUUUGGUUUUGUGUACCUCUUUAUGUUGGGAUUUUAUUUAGUAAAUGAUGUGUUAUGCUA